AACAGAUGAGAAUGUAUGGAUACAUUGAGAGCAUCGUCUAGAGAGAAGAGGGUGAUGAAGGAGGCGACAUGCGUCGGGAUUGCCGUGUCUUCCGUCUUCUACGCGCUCUGCGGGGCCCUCGGCUACGCGGCGUUCGGGAUCGACGCUCCGGGCAAUCUCCUGACGGACGACCACGCCUUCUACGAGCCAGCUGCUGGCGUUCGCCAACGCCUGCAUCGCCGUGCACCUCGUGGGGGCCUACCAGGUGUUCUCCCAGCCGGUGUUCGCGUUCGUGGAGGGGUGGUGCAGGAGGAGGUGGGGAGAGGGCGGCUGGGUGAUGAGGGGGGCGGAGUACGAGCUCUGCGGCGGCACGGUGGAGGUGAGCCCGUUUAGGUUUCUGUGGCGGAGCAGCUACGUGGCGGGGACGGUGGCGGCGGCGCUGGUGUUCCCUUUCUUCAAUGCGUUCGUGGGACUUUUGGGAGCCAUUUCCUUCUGGCCGCUCACCAUAUAUUUCCCCAUCGAGAUGUACAUUGUGAAAGGGAGAGUUCGGAAAUGGUCUUUAACGUGGGGUUGUUUGCAGGG